UUAAAUUUUUACCUAAAGAAAUAUUUUCUUAUUCCUUUGUUUCUUCCUCUCGCAGUCAGCCAUGGCUGAACAAAUUAGAACCUGUAACUCAUCCGAAUUUUUAGUUCAUUAACAAAGAAUAAUAUCAAAUCAAAUUUUGGUCACGAUCAAUUGCUUAAGCGAAGCAAGAAUCGCAACAGCAGACACUGUAUAAGCUCAAUAUCAUUGAAAUUCUAUCAAAAAUUGAAGAAUUGCGAAAUCAUGAGCUUGAUCGAAAAUUCCGGAAAAAACACAGUGCCGGUUCUUAUAUGCUAUAAUGGAAAAUGGGAUGAAAAUUUUAAUUACUCCAAUUACAAAAUGAAAGGAAUUUUAAUACCGGAUGACACAAAUUUCGAAAAGCUCCAAUCGAUGAUUGCACUUAUACACCAAGUUGACUACUGGGAAACCAAUAUGGAGAUUAAAUAUCAGUUAGAGAGCAACCAUCAAACUUUAGAAGUUGAAGAUGAUGACAGCCUCGGAUUUUACCUUGAACUGAAAAGGAGGGACUCUAGCGUAACAAAGUUUCCACUGUGUAUUUCAACCAAACAAUCUGACGAACCGCCCCAAUUGCCGAUGAUUAACAACAAAUCUUCCAUGGCAUUUAAUGAAGAACAAACGGAAAAUGUAAAAUCCAAAUACUCAGCCAUGGAUAUUGUAGAAUAUGCAGAUAUUAUGAGAAACCAGACCAGUGAAGAAGAGGAAGAAGCUGAAAGUAACGAAGAAGACUACGAAAUAGUAACUGAUUCGAAUCAAAAAGAGGUCUAUGUUGGGCAAAUCUUUAAAGAUAAAACGAUCAUGAAGACAUGUUUGUGUUUAUAUGCAAUUGCUAACAACUUUCAGUUUAAAGUGAGUAAAUCAUGCACGAUUGAGUAUGUACUCAAUUGUUUGGACAGCAAUUGCAAAUGGAGUUUGAGGGCUUCAAGAGAUGGAAGGACAAGCAUGUUUCUUAUUAGAAGACUCAACAAUAUUCACACAUGCUCAUUAAAAAUUAGAAUGAAAGAUAAAAGGCAGGCAACAUCUUCAACUAUAGCAGAGGUGCUAAAAUCCAAGUUUAUGGAUGUCAAAACAGUGUACACGCCGGCAGACAUAAUUGCAGACUUUCAAAAGGAAUAUGGUAUCAUUUUGAAUUACCAAAAGGCAUGGAGAGCGAGGGAGAAGGCGCUUGAACUAAUCAGAGAUACUUCGUUCUAUAAGGAAUUUGUUAAAGUCAUCGAGGAAUCAGAUGUAAUACUGGAAAUUCUGGAUGCCCGAGAUCCUAUUGGUACCCGUUGUUUUGAUAUGGAAAAGAUGGUGAUGAAAUUUGGUCACAAUAAGAAACUCGUUUUACUUUUAAACAAAAUUGAUCUUGUCCCACGAGAAGCUGUUGAAAAAUGGCUAAAGUAUCUUAGAGAAGAAUAUCCUACAGUUGCUUUCAAGUGCAGUACUCAAGAACAGAGAGGGCGGAAAUCUUCCUCGAAAGCAGCAAAGCGCAAAGCUAUUUUGCAAACAAGUGACUGUCUUGGAGCAAAAACACUUACUAAAUUGCUGAAAAACUACUCAAGAAGUUAUGAUAUUAAAAAAUCUAUUACAGUUGGCAUUGUUGGGCUGCCUAAUGUUGGUAAGAGUAGUCUGAUUAACAGCUUGAAGAGAAGCCAUGUUGUCAAUGUUGGUGCUACUCCUGGGUUAACAAGAUCAAUGCAAGAAGUUCAACUAAACAAGAAUGUUAAGUUGCUCGAUUGUCCUGGUGUUGUAAUCCCCAAAUCUGCAGAGAAUGAUGCAUCCAUAGCUCUUCGUAACUGCAAAAGGAUUAAGAAGUUGGAGGAUCCAGUCAGCCCAGUGAAUGAAAUUCUCAAGCUGUGCCCAGCUAGGCUGUUGUUAACCCUAUACAAGAUACCAGACUUUGAAUCAGUUGAUGACUUUUUACAAAAGUUGGCUACAGUCAGGGGCAAACUAAAGAAGGAUGGUAUUGUGGACAUUGAUGCUACAGCCAGAAUUGUUCUGCGUGACUGGAAUGAGGGUAAGAUUCCGUAUUACACAAUGCCUCCAACUAGGAAUCAAGAGGAACCUUCAGAGUCUCAGGUUGUUUCAAAGCUCGGGAAGCAGUUCAACAUUGAUGAAGUUUACUCCGGUGAAUCUUCAUUCAUUGGAAGCCUCAAGUCUGUAAAUGACUUUGAUCCUGUUGAAGUUCCGCCUAGUUGCCCAAUCAGUUUCAACGAAAGCAUGAUACAGGGAGAUGAGGAAACCCAACCAUCAAGUAAAGGUAAUGAAAAUACGGAAGAUAUGAAUCAUGAUGGUGAAUACCAGCCUAUUGAAGACGAGCCUAUUGGUUCUGAAGAAAAUAAUACAAACAAAGCCAAAGGAGAAAACCCAACUUGCCGACAAAACGAGAAACUAUAUGACGCAGAAGGUAUGCUAAACACAAAAAUGAAACGUAGGAAAAAAGAAGAUAAAGUGGAUGGAAUGGGUGAUGACUAUAAUUUUCAAGUAGAUUGCUUCAUGAAAAAUGGUUCUGACAUGGACGUCGAAAAGGAUGAUAGCGAAAUCAUUGGUGAGGUGCCAAUGCCUGAUGUUUAGUUUGACGAUGAACGAUAACAUGUAUAACCAUGAACCAAAAGGGUUUUGUAUUUUCAGAAGAUAGUUUUUUUCUUUCUUUCUCAAAUGUUCUUUUCGGUUGAGCAUUAUGAUAGCUAUUUGAUGGGGAUUCAUUACAUAUACAGUUGUAUCCUGCACAUGAAAUUUUUGUGCCUAGUCGAACGAGAGACUCUCUCUCCGUAUCUAUAUAUACAAUUCGGAAUAUGUUUGAUAA